AUGCUCGUCGAACCAGCUCCACGACUCGGGGAUGAACUUUCUCCUAAAAUCCCUUCGGAUGUCAUUUAUGUGGGCAGUUCAGUAGCCUUUGAUGUUUUAACGGGGAAUUCAUGGUGCUACGAAACGGGAAUUGUGACAUUUCUCUCAGACUAUAUUGCCCGUGUAUCAGUUUCACAUGCUGACCCCAGGGUAAAUGAAAAAGAGCUUAUUGAAAUGAACAGAAAGAAGUUAGCUGAACUUUGUGGAAUGCUUCAGCAAGUAAGAGCAAGAGUUGCGAGGGAUCAUUACGCUGCUCUUCAGCGUCGGAUCGAUUACGCUCGUCUUAAGGUUAAGGGAAUUGAGGGUGCUUGUAUUCGAGAGAUUCAGUCUUAUGUUGUGCCCCCGCCUACUGUGAAAUACAUAAUAGAAGAUGUCAUUGAGAUUAUUGGAAUUCGGAAUGAGUGUUACGGAUGGCCUUGCAUACAGGCGAUAAUUAGACGGCCAGGAUUUAUUUCGCUUGUUUCAGAGUUUGACUCUUCACGGCUUUCAAUGGCGCGUCGGUCGGAGAUUCUUCAAAGAUGUAUGAGCAGAAGACUUACUAGUGAAACGGCUUAUAAGUCUUCACAAGCUGCGGGCCCGCUUCAUCUGUGGGUUUUAGCGCAACUAAGUUUUUUUGAGGAGUGUGAAUCGCCUUCACCUUUGACAGAUGAGUACAGUCGCGAGCAGCUGGAGCGGCUUUUCUUUGAGAUCAAAGCGUUACAGAGUCGCAUUCGUGUCCUUGAGGGCGACCCAGGUCAGCCAAUUCCAAAUUCACAGAAUGAAGAAAAAAUAAUUCUUCGUUCUUCCAUAAUUGGUGCCAUUCCCACAAACUACGACAUUACGAAGAUGGCCGCGGUGCACCGUCCAGAACUACUGGAAUACAUUGCAUCAUCUCCUGGGAGCUUUCCGAAUAAUUACCUUUUGGAAGAGUUGCGCCCUGCAUUGGACUCAUACGAAGAGACUCAUAUUUUGCGUGAUAACCCUGAGAAGGGGCAAAGCGAAAUCAAAUUUGAUGAUGAAAAGGAGGUAGAGAAAAUAGACUCUGAAAACAGCAAAUUGCAACAAGAAAUGAAUGUCGCAAUCAUGGACAGGUCGCGGCGUCUUCAGCCAUUUCAUGAUUGGGAUAACUAUAAUGAGCAAUGUGGAACGCAAACCCGAGAGCUGCAGGUUGAACAACAGCUAAGCGAGGCAGAAGAUUUGAUGCGCACUUUUACAGAGAUGCAGAGCUCAAUUGAUUGCAUUAGAGGCCAAAUUACAGAAGUUAACAUCGACAAGAACCAUCUGGAGCAGGAACUCAUAAAAAUGAGGAAGAUAAACGAUGCGCUCAGAUUACAAUCUGAAAAUUACCUACAAAGGAAAAUGCACUCGGGCACGCAACAAGAAUUGGAGGUGUUGCGUAACAUAAACGCUGAGCUUAAAAAGGAAAAUGACGCUUUGAGGACUCUCAGUGACGCACACGAGGGAGAGCUUGUUAGGGCCCGGCGUGAGGUGGCUCACCUUUAUUCAAUAAUUGCCACGCUUUCCGCUAAAUGGCUUGAGCAUGGCACAUCCAAUGUGUCAACGAUUCAUCAAAUUUCCCUUGACGGUGACGUCUGGGAAGAUAUUUUGAGGAACUACCCCCAGGAGCUUCUGCGAGCACUCACUUGCGAUGUGAUUGCCUGUUGUGGAGCCCAUGCAGAAUGUGUCUCUGGAGUCACAUGCUCGCACGGAAGGCUUCGAGCCGAGUUUAACGUGACACACAGCGCAGACCGUCGUUCAGAGGGUAUUGAUGAACUCAUAUCAUUGUACCAAUUUCCCCUGACAAGAUCUCUUUGCACAUGGCAGAACAUAAUGGCGCCACCCGAUACCGAAUGCCAAAAGACCGUUUCACUUCAAACGCCACUCUGUCAGGAUAGGCUUGUUGCUUCUUCGUAUGACAGGAAAAUGGAGGAUCUCAUAAGAAGAAAUGAGGAUCUACAGGCCUUGUUAAAAGACUCUCGCCGUUCUAUGGAAAAAAUGCAAUCGGUUGUGGCAACAAUUACAGAUAAGAACAAUGAGUGGGAGCGUGAGAUUACGGAGAGGCAGCGUCAGAUUGUUCUGCUUCAAGCGAGUCUGGAUGAAGCCACUAGCGAAAGAACCUUUGCAGAAAACAGAAUUGCAGAUUUACAGCGCACGGUGGAAAACCUGCAGAAUCAGCUAAAUGUCCUGGAAAAUGCUGAAACGGAUUACAAGACCGAGAUGUACAAGCAAACAACUAAAAAAGAACCUCUCGAGGCGCGCGCCAAGAAUGACUCACCUAGUGAGGACUUCCUCAGAACUCAAAUAGGCAAGUUGAACCCCGUCGAAAAAGAAACGAGUGCUGCAAAACAGCUCACCGGAACCAAAAAUCAAGAAAAAGCAGGGGAACAGUAUGAUCUUGAAAAGCCAAAUACGCCAUAUAUCAAUUAUAAAACUACGAAAAAUUAUGUUUUCACAAGCUCCGGUACCAAACAAGAAAAAUCGACAUCCAGGACAAAAAAUAUUAGCUGUACUGCCGAACCUCAACUAAAGCAAAACAAAAAGGUAGAAGAUACUUCAGCUUUUAAAAAGGGAAGAGAAGAAGACAAUGUAAAAAAGAGUGAUAACAAGCAGCAAAGUCUACAGGAAAUGUUUGUUAAACAGCAGGAAGAAGAAGAACUACAGCAAUUUCAACAAAAAAACAAACACAUACAAAAAACAGAAAACGAGCAGCAACAUGUAAAAAGCAAAAUAAUACCUACAACAAGCAAAAGUGAGAACCAGAAAGAAAAAGCUAUACCUCAAAACAAGUUGCAAAAGGUAAUAAAGAAAACAGAAAAACAUAGCAUAACUCGUCAGAUAACUGAGGAAACAAAGCAAAACACAAUACCAAUAAAAAAGGUUCCAGCCCAAAACAAAGAUUUCCACGAAAAUACAAAACAAAAUUCUGAUGAAAGAAAGCACACAAUGAAGACAAUGGCUGGACUGCAGCGUCAAAAUGAGGAGUUGCAGUCGCAGCUGAAGGAGUCGCGCCGUGGAGAGGAGAAGCUGGAUGCCCUGCAGCGUCAAAAUGAGCAGUUGCAGUCGCAGCUGAAGGAGUCGUGUCGUGGAGAGGAGAAGCUGGAUGCCCUGCAGCGUCAAAAUGAGGAGUUGCAGUCGCAGCUGAAGGAGUCGCGUCGUGGAGAGGAGAAGCUGGACGCCCUGCAGCGUCAAAAUGAGGAGUUGCAGUCGCAGCUGAAGGAGUCGCGUCGUGGAGAGGAGAAGCUGGACGCCCUGCAGCGUCAAAAUGAGCAGUUGCAGUCGCAGCUGAAGGAGUCGCGCCGUGGAGAGGAGAAGCUGGACGCCCUGCAGCGUCAAAAUGAGCAGUUGCAGUCGCAGCUGAGGGAGUCGCGUCGUGGAGAGGAGAAGCUGGAUGCCCUGCAGCGUCAAAAUGAGGAGUUGCAGUCGCAGCUGAAGGAGUCGCGCCGUGGAGAGGAGAAGCUGGACGCCCUGCAGCGUCAAAAUGAGCAGUUGCAGUCGCAGCUGAAGGAGUCGCGCCGUGGAGAGGAGAAGCUGGAUGCCCUGCAGCGUCAAAAUGAGCAGUUGCAGUCGCAGCUGAAGGAGUCGCGUCGUGGAGAGGAGAAGCUGGAUGCCCUGCAGCGUCAAAAUGAGGAGUUGCAGUCGCAGCUGAAGGAGUCGCGCCGUGGAGAGGAGAAGCUGGACGCCCUGCAGCGUCAAAAUGAGGAGUUGCAGUCGCAGCUGAAGGAGUCGCGCCGUGGAGAGGAGAAGCUGGACGCCCUGCAGCGUCAAAAUGAGGAGUUGCAGUCGCAGCUGAAGGAGUCGCGCCGUGGAGAGGAGAAGCUGGACGCCCUGCAGCGUCAAAAUGAGCAGUUGCAGUCGCAGCUGAAGGAGUCGCGCCGUGGAGAGGAGAAGCUGGACGCCCUGCAGCGUCAAAAUGAGGAGUUGCAGUCGCAGCUGAAGGAGUCGCGUCGUGGAGAGGAGAAGCUGGAUGCCCUGCAGCGUCAAAAUGAGGAGUUGCAGUCGCAGCUGAAGGAGUCGCGUCGUGGAGAGGAGAAGCUGGACGCCCUGCAGCGUCAAAAUGAGGAGUUGCAGUCGCAGCUGAAGGAGUCGCGUCGUGGAGAGGAGAAGCUGGACGCCCUGCAGCGUCAAAAUGAGGAGUUGCAGUCGCAGCUGAAGGAGUCGCGUCGUGGAGAGGAGAAGCUGGAUGCCCUGCAGCGUCAAAAUGAGCAGUUGCAGUCGCAGCUGAAGGAGUCGCGCCGUGGAGAGGAGAAGCUGGAUGCCCUGCAGCGUCAAAAUGAGGAAUUGCAGUCGCAGCUGAAGGAGUCGCGCCGUGGAGAGGAGAAGCUGGACGCCCUGCAGCGUCAAAAUGAGCAGUUGCAGUCGCAGCUGAAGGAGUCGCGCCGUGGAGAGGAGAAGCUGGACGCCCUGCAGCGUCAAAAUGAGCAGUUGCAGUCGCAGCUGAAGGAGUCGCGUCGUGGAGAGGAGAAGCUGGAUGCCCUGCAGCGUCAAAAUGAGGAGUUGCAGUCGCAGCUGAAGGAGUCGCGUCGUGGAGAGGAGAAGCUGGACGCCCUGCAGCGUCAAAAUGAGGAGUUGCGGUCGCAGCUGAAGGAGUCGCGUCGUGGAGAGGAGAAGCUGGACGCCCUGCAGCGUCAAAAUGAGCAGUUGCAGUCGCAGCUGAAGGAGUCGCGCCGUGGAGAGGAGAAGCUGGACGCCCUGCAGCGUCAAAAUGAGCAGUUGCAGUCGCAGCUGAAGGAGUCGCGUCGUGGAGAGGAGAAGCUGGAUGCCCUGCAGCGUCAAAAUGAGGAGUUGCAGUCGCAGCUGAAGGAGUCGCGUCAUGGAGAGGAGAAGCUGGACGCCCUGCAGCGUCAAAAUGAGGAGUUGCGGUCGCAGCUGAAGGAGUCGCGUCGUGGAGAGGAGAAGCUGGACGCCCUGCAGCGUCAAAAUGAGGAGUUGCAGUCGCAGCUGAAGGAGUCGCGUCGUGGAGAGGAGAAGCUGGAUGCCCUGCAGCGUCAAAAUGAGGAGUUGCAGUCGCAGCUGAAGGAGUCGCGUCGUGGAGAGGAGAAGCUGGACGCCCUGCAGCGUCAAAAUGAGGAGUUGCAGUCGCAGCUGAAGGAGUCGCGUCGUGGAGAGGAGAAGCUGGAUGCCCUGCAGCGUCAAAAUGAGGAGUUGCGGUCGCAGCUGAGGGAGACGUGCCGUGGGCCGGAGAAGCUGGAGUCGGAAGAGGAGGAGGAAGCUGCACACCAAUUGGUGGCGGAGGAUGAAUCCGAAGCCAUGACGGCGGCGUUGGGUGAGGCCUCCGGCAAGCCAGAGGCAGCAGAAUUGCAACGGCAGCUUGAUGCGCUUCGCCGGCAGAAGGAGAAGCUGCGACUGCAGCUUAGGGAGGCGCGCCGUGGACAGGAGAAGCUGGACAUCCUGCGUCGACACAACGAGGAUCUGCAGUCUAGGCUAAAUGAUGCGCGCCGUGGACAGGAGAAGCUGGAUGCCCUGCAGCGACACAAUGAGGAGUUGCAGUCGCAACUGUGUGAGGCGCGUCGUGCGGAGGAGGCGUUGGAGGAUGCCCGCCGCCAAACCAGGCAGUCGCAGAGGCAGGUUGAGGAUUUGCGCCGCUCUGAGAAGCGCCUGAGGGAGGCUUGUGAAGCCACUAGGGCAAGGGAAGAGGCGCUGAUGCAGAAACUGCGUGCAGCCGAAAAUGCGAUUGCUGUGGCGAGGAAACACGAGGAUGCCGUAAAGCAGAAGGCACGCGGCAUCAUAAAUGCGGUGAAAACGGAGUACCAGCGACAACCAUUUGUGUUGCCCGAGCCACAAGAAACCGAGCAGCUGCAGCGUGCGAAUGAUUCGCCCCGCGCACCGCUCGAUGAGCCACCCCUGACAAAGGAGGGGCUGGAGUCGGAAGAGGAGGCCGCACACCAACUGAUGGCGGAGGAUGAAUCCGAAGCCAUGACGGCGGCGUUGGGUGAGGCCUCCGGCAAGCCAGAGGCAGCAGAAUUGCAACGGCAGCUUGAUGCGCUUCGCCGGCAGAAGGAGAAGCUGCGACUGCAGCUGAGGGAGGCCCGACGUGGACAGGAGAAGCUGGACAUCCUGCAGCGUCAAAAUGAGGAGUUGCGGUCGCAGCUGAGGGAGACGUGCCGUGGGCCGGAGAAGCUGGAGUCGGAAGAGGAGGCCGCACACCAACUGAUGGCGGAGGAUGAAUCCGAAGCCAUGACGGCGGCGUUGGGUGAGGCCUCCGGCAAGCCAGAGGCAGCAGAAUUGCAACGGCAGCUUGAUGCGCUUCGCCGGCAGAAGGACAAGCUGCGACUGCAGCUUAGGGAGGCGCGCCGUGGACAGGAGAAGCUGGAUGCCCUGCAGCGACACAAUGAGGAGUUGCAGUCGCAACUGUGUGAGGCGCGUCGUGCGGAGGAGGCGUUGGAGGAUGCCCGCCGCCAAACCAGGCAGUCGCAGAGGCAGGUUGAGGAUUUGCGCCGCUCUGAGAAGCGCCUGAGGGAGGCUUGUGAAGCCACUAGGGCAAGGGAAGAGGCGCUGAUGCAGAAACUGCGUGCAGCCGAAAAUGCGAUUGCUGUGGCGAGGAAACACGAGGAUGCCGUAAAGCAGAAGGCACGCGGCAUCAUAAAUGCGGUGAAAACGGAGUACCAGCGACAACCAUUUGUGUUGCCCGAGCCACAAGAAACCGAGCAGCUGCAGCGUGCGAAUGAUUCGCCCCGCGCACCGCUCGAUGAGCCACCCCUGACAAAGGAGGGGCUGGAGUCGGAAGAGGAGGCCGCACACCAACUGAUGGCGGAGGAUGAAUCCGAAGCCAUGACGGCGGCGUUGGGUGAGGCCUCCGGCAAGCCAGAGGCAGCAGAAUUGCAACGGCAGCUUGAUGCGCUUCGCCGGCAGAAGGACAAGCUGCGACUGCAGCUUAGGGAGGCGCGCCGUGGACAGGAGAAGCUGGACAUCCUGCGUCGACACAACGAGGAUCUGCAGUCUAGGCUAAAUGAUGCGCGCCGUGGACAGGAGAAGCUGGAUGCCCUGCAGCGACACAAUGAGGAGUUGCAGUCGCAACUGUGUGAGGCGCGUCGUGCGGAGGAGGCGUUGGAGGAUGCCCGCCGCCAAACCAGGCAGUCGCAGAGGCAGGUUGAGGAUUUGCGCCGCUCUGAGAAGCGCCUGAGGGAGGCUUGUGAAGCCACUAGGGCAAGGGAAGAGGCGCUGAUGCAGAAACUGCGUGCAGCCGAAAAUGCGAUUGCUGUGGCGAGGAAACACGAGGAUGCCGUAAAGCAGAAGGCACGCGGCAUCAUAAAUGCGGUGAAAACGGAGUACCAGCGACAACCAUUUGUGUUGCCCGAGCCACAAGAAACCGAGCAGCUGCAGCGUGCGAAUGAUUCGCCCCGCGCACCGCUCGAUGAGCCACCCCUGACAAAGGAGGGGCUGGAGUCGGAAGAGGAGGCCGCACACCAACUGAUGGCGGAGGAUGAAUCCGAAGCCAUGACGGCGGCGUUGGGUGAGGCCUCCGGCAAGCCAGAGGCAGCAGAAUUGCAACGGCAGCUUGAUGCGCUUCGCCGGCAGAAGGACAAGCUGCGACUGCA